CGGACGGUCCCGGAGAUGUUCCGGCUCCGGUGUGAUCAUGUGAAGCUGAGCAGGAGGAAGCGCUGCAGGAAGUGUGGCGCGUGUGUGUGUGUGUGUGUGUCGGCAGCAGACAUGAAGUGUGUGUCGGUGUCGGUGCUUCUGUGUGUCCUCUGGUCUCAGACUCACGGGGUCCACAUUAGGCUCCAGAACCAGAACUCUUCGGAGCGUCUGGACGCGGCGGUGAUGGCGGACCUGUCCGCGGUGAUCCGCCGGGUGGACCGACGCUUUCUGUCCGUCACCAUCGACGCCAGUCUGGCUUCAGAGGAGAAGUUCAUGUACCUGCUGAGCGCUCCAAAGGUCAGAACUCUGGCGAGAGCGCUCUCUCCGGCCUUCCUGAGGUUCGGAGGGACGAGACAAGACUUCAUGGUGUUCGUCCCUCGGAGGCCUCGGCCCGUCUCAGGUGUCGCUGCAGAACCGUCCUGUGGUGAACUGGACCUGCCCUCGUGGCUGGAGGAGAAGCUGAAGGCCGACUGGACUCAACAGAAGCUGAUCCUGCUGAGAGAAGAUCUGCAGAGGAAGUACAGACGAGUCAAGUUCACAGAGUCCACUGUGGACCUGCUGCACUCCUUCAGCAGCUGCUCGGGGAUGGAUCUGAUCUUCGGGCUGAACGCUCUCCUCAGAACCGCCGACAACACCUGGAACAGCAGCAACGCCCGCUCGCUGCUGCAGUACUGUGAGUCCAAACAGUACCGGAUGUCCUGGGAGCUCGGCAACGAGCCCAACAGCUACGAGAAGAAGGCGGGGAUUCGAGUGGAUGGAUAUCAGCUCGGACAGGAUUUCACCCGUCUCAGAGAGAUGAUGUCAGAAUCCAAACUGUACCGCGACGCCGGGCUGUUCGGGCCGGACGUCGGUCAGCCGCGAGACCACAGAGUCGACAUCCUGGAGGGGUUCCUGCAGAGCGGAGCCCAGGCGGUGGACGCCUGCACCUGGCACCAUUACUAUGUGAACGGCAGAGACACGUCCCUGGAGGAUUUCCUGGAUCCGGAGGUUCUGGACACUCUGGCCUUAAAGACGGGUGAAGUUCUGGAGAAGGUGAAGCUGGCGUCUCCGGGGAAGCCGGUGUGGCUCGGAGAGACGAGCUCGGCCUACGGAGGAGGAGCGCUCGGACUGUCGGACACGUUCGUCGCAGGAUUCAUGUGGCUGGAUAAACUGGGCCUGGCAGCCCGACUGGGCCUGGACGUGGUGAUGAGGCAGGUGUUCAUCGGUUCUGGCAGUUAUCACCUGCUGGACGACAACCUGGAUCCUCUUCCUGAUUACUGGUUGUCUCUUCUCUACAAGACACUCGUGGGUCCAGAGGUUUUGAAAGUGGAAGCGUCUUCCAGCGUCGCUCGCAGUAAAAGAGUCCGGCUGUAUCUGCACUGUGCCAACAGGAACAGGUACAGGAGCGGCGCCGUCACGCUGAUGUCGAUGAACCUCAGUAAGAAACCAGCCAGGAUCUCCAUUCAUGCCCUCGUCUCCUCCGGCACAGUGGAGGCUUUUGUUCUUGAGUCGGAGCAGCCGGGGGAGGACGGCCUCUACUCCAGGUCCGUCAGACUGAACGGAGUCGUGCUGAAGAUGGUGGAUGAUAAAACUCUUCCUGACCUGAAAGGCCUCCGUCUGCCUCCGACUCAACAUCUGCAGCUUCCUGCGUACUCGCUCGCCUUCUUCGUCCUCACAGACGCUCGAGCUGCAGGCUGCGUGUGACCACACACACACACGCACGCACACACACAGAGACAAACACACACGCAGACAGACACACACACAGAGACACACACACUUGAACUGAUGAGGCUGGUUUAGGUUUUUGAUGCUGUUUGUUUUCUUACGUACUUUAUAAAGAUGCUGGAGUUUCUUAUUUAUAGAAAUGAUGCUGUGCUGUGGAAAUAAUUAUUUUUUUUUUAUUUGACGACACAAACGUGGUGAAACUUGGGACCAAAUCUGACUGUUGAGUCCAUUAAAUCCUACAUGGACCGGUGGACUCACAUCAGUACGGGGGAGGAUCAGGACCUCAUGUGACAGAUUGAUUUCAGCUCUGAUGUCAUCAGUUCUACAGGAAGUGAGCACGUCGACCUGAUGAGGAUCAAUAAAGCGAUCACAGUUCAUCCUGAGGGGAACAAGAACACCUUCAUGUAGAUGAGGUGGAACUGAUCAAUCAAUAAAUUCCAACUCAGGUUUUUUCUGUUGAUCUUUAUUUGAAGCGGAGACGAUCGAUGACUCGUCUGAUCAGGUGUCUGUCGGGUUUAUUCCUCCUGCUCCUCCCCGUGAGUGAUGAUGUAACACAGAGAUUUAUAGUCCAGGUGUCCUGCGGCGUCGAUGUUGGACGACUGGAACAUCUGCUUCACCUGAAAUCCAAUCAGUCAUCAUCAAUACUGCUGAUCAGUGACAGGAGCUGUCGAUGUAACUGCAGCUGCAGAAACACUGAAGCCCGACAGAAGAAUCACUUCAACACUCCAACACUAAACUCUGCUCUGAUUAAUGACUGACUGAUCGAUCAGUGUUCAUAAAUAAAGAAUUAACUAUUUAAAGUA